GCUUGCUACUCAUCAGCCUCACUGUAAGAUUCAUUGCGACACAGCCUUAUUAACAAAAUGAAAAAAGAAAGGUUGCUUCUUAUGCAUCUGCCAGAAGUUCAGCAAAACAAGGAAAACUAUGGCAAAGGUGGUGGGCGAAAGCGAAAGGAAAAACGCCAACGCAGUGACUGUAUUCAAAAAUACAAAAGGAGCAUGGUUCCACAUCAUGACGUAGAAGGUACCGACAACUGUGCAGACCACGUAGAGAUUAUGGCUGCUGAAUGCUCCAAGGCUGCAACAGAUGUGAAGCUCUUACUUCAAAUAAUGGCACAGACGUCACAGGCAAGGAGGGUAGACAUCGCUGGCAAGACCACCACUGAUGUUAUUUAGCUGUACCCGGCCCUCUGCAUUCUCGAAGUG